AAUCCCCUCUUUCUCUCUCCUCUCCCGUUUCUUCGUGAUAAGCAAAAAAAAAUAAUGAUAAUGAUAAUAACAACAAUUAGCGCCAAAAAUAAAAAAUUAACUUUGUAGAUUGGAUUCGAAAUCUAACGACGAAGCAAUAAUGGAUUCGGGAUUUUAGGGCGUACGAGGAGGAGGAGGAGGAGGAGGAGGAGGUCGUUAAUGGCGGAUCGAUGGUGGUGUUAGGGUUUCUGCGGCGGAGGAGAUGAAGACUCCGGCGGCGGCUGCGCCGUCGUCGUUGUCGUCGAGGCGGCGGUGGAGGGGCCCGGCGGUGGCGGUGCUCGCCCUCGUCGUCUGCUCCCUGCUCGUCCCCCUCGCAUUCCUCUUCGGCCGAUUCCCCGCCGGGUACGUGACGGACGAACGGUUGCAGCAGGAGAUUAACUUCCGCUCGUUUGGUCGUCUCGAAGGUGUCAAGGAAUCGCCAGAGACUUGGGGUCCCGGCGUCGACAAGCUCAUGACAAAAGUUGGACCACCUUUGUCAAAGGAUGUUAAGGGAAAGAACACAGUCCAAACUAGUGGGAACCCACAAAACAGAACUAAUGAUGACUCGGGCAAUGCAGUGGUAUCGACCUCAGUGCCACAAGUUCUUCCUACACCACAAUUUGCUAUUCCAAAAUCAGUUCCAGUAUUAAGUACAAGUAAUGAAGACAAGGGUAGUAGGAAAAAAGCUGCCAAAGGUUUUAAUAGUGAUGACUCCGAAAAAUCUUGCCAACUUGAAUUUGGGAGCUAUUGCCUCUGGUCCAUAGAACACAGAGAAGUUAUGCAGGAUUCUAUAGUGAAAAGACUCAAAGAUCAACUCUUUGUGGCUAGGGCUUACUAUCCGAGCAUUGCGAAACUCCAUGGACAAGAGACAUUAUCUCGUGAAUUGAAGCAGAAUAUCCAGGAACAUGAGCGAGUGCUUAGUGAAGCCAUUCUAGAUGCGGAUCUUCCACCUUUUAUUGGAGACAAGAUAAAAAGGAUGGAUCAGAUAAUUGCAAGAGCAAAAUCAUGCACUGUGGAUUGCAAUAAUGUUGACAAGAAACUUAGGCAGAUUCUUGAUAUGGCGGAAGAUGAAGCGCAUUUUCAUAUGAAGCAGAGUGCAUUCCUCCACCACCUUGGUGUUCAGACAAUGCCUAAAAGCCUCCAUUGUUUGUUCAUGAAAUUGACAGUUGAACAUUUCAAAUCUCUUCCCAUUGUUUCAGAGCACUUGCACAGUCUCAAGUUUGAUACCCCAGAUUAUAGGCACUACAUUAUAUUCUCUAGAAAUGUUCUUGCAGCUUCUGUCGUCAUCAAUUCAACCGUGAUGAGCUCCGAGGUGUCAGGAAAUAUGGUUUUUCAUGUGCUAACCGAUGCACAAAAUUACUAUGCCAUGAAACUCUGGUUUGCCAGGAGUUCUUACAAGGAAGCAGCUAUUCGUGUCCUCGAUUAUGAAAAGAUUGUUUUGGAGACCCUGCGUAAUGUGGAUGUGUGGCAACUACAUGUAUCUGAGGAGUUCCGUAUCACCAUUCGUAACAUUGACCAACCUGGUGCAAAGAUGAGGGUCGAAUACUUAGCAGUCUUUGGCCACUCACACUUUCUUCUUCCAGAAAUAUUCAAGAAGUUGAAAAGGGUGGUGAUAUUGGAUGAUGAUGUGAUUGUCCAGCAGGAUUUGUCUUCAUUAUGGAACAUUAAUCUGGGAGAGAAGGUGAAUGGUGCCGUGAGGUUUUGUGGAGUAAGGUUGGGCCAAUUAAGGAGAUACCUGGGGAAUAAUGUUUAUGAUGCUAAAUCUUGUGCGUGGAUGUCCGGACUGAAUAUAGUUGACUUUGAGAAGUGGAGGGAGCUUAAUAUCACAGGGAGAUAUAUGCAUCUGCUUCAACAGUUCAAUAGUAGGAACGAGGUAUCCCUACGAGCAUCAGCCUUGCCCAUCAGCUUGCUUAUAUUUCAAAAUCUCAUCUAUCCCCUGGACGAUAGGUGGACUAUAUCGGGGCUUGGUUAUCAUUACGGAAUUAACGAGGAUUUAGUUACCAAUGCUGUAUCGCUGCAUUAUAACGGCAACAUGAAGCCUUGGCUUGAAUUAGCUUCAAGAGGGAGCUCUAUUGGAGAAGCGCCGCAGUUUGGCUGAGGAAAAUGAGGGUGCUAUGGGAACCAUUAAAUUUUGGCUCGAGGCGAGCAUGCUGAAUAAAUAUUUUUUGGAAGUUAGUUGUAAAGUCUGAGACUAUAAAGUAGGCAAUCACGGUGUAAAUGGGUCCUUCCGGGCAGGUGCGGAUAUUCUUCCAACCAUUCCUUUUUUUUCUUUUUUCUGUUUCUUUUUGUCCUUUUUUGUUUAGCGCACAUGAUCGUCGAUGAGUUGGCACCUUGAAGAAUUGUAUUGGUGCCAUAGUUGAUGCAGGUUAAUUAUUUUUUUCCCCUUUUAUCUGUCAACACCUGUAUUUGUUGGCGUACACAGUUCUCAUUUUAAAAUUGUUUAAUUCUUUGUUGUCCGCUGCUGCAGAUUAAUUAUCAGCAAAAUGAUGUUUACUUUA